UAGAAGCAAUAUGAAAAAGGUGAAAGUAUUUGGGGUUUGGGCAAGUCCGUACAGUGGGAGAGUGGAAAUAGCACUAAAAUGGAAGGGAGUUGAGUAUGAAUUUGUGGAGGAAGAUCUACAAAAUAAGAGUGAAGAGCUGCUAAAGUACAACCCUAUUUACAAGAAGAUACCAGUUCUAGUUCAUAAUGAAAAGGCGGUGGCUGAAUCGCUGAUAAUUAUGGAGUACAUCGAUGAAACUUGGAAGGCCGAUCCCAUCUUCCCCAAAGACCCUUAUGAGAGAGCUCAAGCUCGUUUUUGGGCUAACUUUAUUGAUGACAAUCUAAUGCCUUCAGCAAGAACUGCACUCCUGAGUACCGGAGAAGAAAGUGAAAAGGCAAUAACAGAGCUAGAACAACUUUUCAAAGUUGUGGAAAAUGAGAUCAAAGAAAAAAAGUUCUUCGGGGGAAACAACAUUGGAUUUCUGGAUAUAGUUGCGUUAGUGGUAGCUUUCUGGAUUCCGUGUAUGCAAGAAUUUACUGCCAAGAAUAUUCUUACCAAGGAGAAGUAUCAACUCAUUUGCAUUUGGUCUGAAAAACUCUUGGGCUGUAGUAUUAUCAAACAGAACUUGCCCGAUAAGGAGAAAUUGCGAGAAUUCUACCAAACUCGAUUUGCUCAUUAA